AAACGACGACGUUUCAGCUACGUUUGAAUCAGCAUUCACUUCCAACAAACUGAAAAUCUAGAGCAGCAGAAAACGACGACGUUUCGGCUAAUGCUGUUUUCAAAUACACACACGUCAGUUGAAUCAGAUCGCCAGCCCUCGCCCGUUUCUACUGAAGCCCGGAAACCUCAAUCCACGGCAAUCUAUUCGAAAAACACAAUCGGAGUUGCUCCAAAACCCUAAAUCUCAACCUCUCUGACUUCAGUUUUUCUGUAAUGGAGCAAUCCGCAAAGUUGCCGGAGGAGAAGAAAGAGGCGGAAGAGCCACUACCCCAACAGCAACAACAAAGCGGCGGCGGAUGGGGCGGUUGGGGCUUCUCUCCUCUCUCAUAUCUUUCCGAUCUCCAAAAGGCCGCCGCUGUGGCCGCCGAAGAGAUCUCUCGCAAUGCUGUUGAGGCUGCUAAGACUGCAGCAAAGAGCAUCACAGAUGCACAAAACAUGGAUGAGGACUCAGAAUCUUCUAAGGAUGAGGAAGAAGUGGAUGAAUCUGCGACCGAAGAUAAAAAUGAUCAUGAAGAUGACAAGCUACGGAAGUCUGCUCUGGAUAAACUGGAGAAAGCUAGUGAAGAUUCAUUCCUUGGCCAGGGUUUGAAGGUUCUUGAUAACUCUGUGGAGAAUUUGGCUUCAGGAGCAUGGCAAGCAUUAGGAAGUGCAUGGAAAGGGAGUUCCAAUUUCGUUCAGAAGCUCGAGAAUUCUGCUGUGAACCUUGCUGAAUCUAUUCACCAAGGUGGUCUUCCUGCAGCUGGUUCUGUUGCACCAUCCUUAAUAGAGACUGGAAAAGCUUUUACUGCAAAGGGAAUGCAAGUGCUGGAGCUUGUUGGUAAGGAGACCAUGGACUUACUGAUCACAGAGACUGGUAUUGAAAUUGAGAAGAGUCCUAAUGAAGUGGAAGAAAAAGCUGGAGAGGAUCAAUUAUUUGAGGAAGUGACAUUUGAUCGAUGCUUCUACAUAUACGGGGGACCAGAGCAAUUGGAGGAAUUGGAGGCAUUGUCUAAUCAUUAUGCAUUAUUAUUUAACCGAAGAAAAGGAAAAUUACCAUCUGAGCAAAAGUCUGUUUAUGAUGGAAAGCUUAAACAUGUCCAGCAAAUUCUCAGUUUAAGUACUGAAAUUGAUGGAAGUGGUGCAGAGUCAGACAAAGGAAAGAAAGUAGAAGCUGGGGGGGAAGGACAUGGUGAUGAGAUGAAAAUUUUACAUGAUUCAAGUGUCAGCAAGGCUGCAGAUAUGGCUGCUGGGUUCACGAGUGCCUUGGCAGGACUCACUGCAAAUGAUAUAAUUCAAAGGACUGCUGGCAGACUAGAUUCUCUUCACUCAGAGGGGGUUCAUAGGCUCUCGGAAAUGUGCUGUUUUGCGGUUUCUCAACUUCUGUUGCUUGGGAAAUCCAUCAUAUCUAAUGCCAACAAAGUUGAGGAAGAUGCUGAUGAGGAUAUGAUGAAUAUUGAAUGGCCUGAGGAUUCCGUUGAAAAAGCUAAGAUAAUCAGAACAAAGGCACAAUCGAUGACAGGAAAUGUUGAAGCAGUUUCCAACAGUUUCAUUACAGGUAUCUCCGAUGUAACUGAAGCUUAUCUAGCGGCAAUAAAGGGGGCCACUGCAGAUUCCCAUGAGGUUCUUCCACAGACAUCCAUCCACGACAAAGCCAAUCUCUUCUCUGAACAUCUGCGUGCCGAUCAGACCACUGCGGUGAACAAAAUUCAGGAUGGGCUCCAAUACUUGUCUUUCGUAGUCGUCUCUACUACAAUGCCCGCUGCUUGAAAGCUAGUGAAAUUCUCAACCCUCACCAUAUCAUCUUUAAUUUUUCUCAUUAGUUUUUAGUUGUAAAUAGUUUGCAUUUCAAUGUGGGGCCAACCUUGUGUCUGAUUUUUAAACUUUACACGCUUAGGCCCACGAAAUUGCUCUCAUCCAGAAAAUAGAAGAAACAUUUUCUUUACAUCUCUGCCGUUCAUCUGCUGUAUUUACACCUGAUUUGAGACGAUGUUUUGGUUCUAAUAGAAGCCAAAUGUUCCGAUCAAUGCGCCAUGUACUUAAAAAUUAUUUUCUAUUAGAAGUUGUCAAAUUUGUUUUUUGAGUUAGAAAA